CAUUGGGCCAUGUACGACCUCAGGCUGGCCACCUUCGUCCUUCCAUAUCGGCCAUCAUCGGCCAUGGCCGAGCAAAUGAAUCCUAACUCCUAAGGAACCUUCAAAAAUUGUCAGGGAGACCCUCGGUGACGUGCUUAGGCGUUUGUGUGUGUUCACAAGUUGGAAAGUGUGCGAAGCUGCCCUUGGACGCUCCGCUCAACAUUUUCCGGCUGCAACUCUAGUCAGUACCCGUCAGAGUAGCGCUAGCUACGAUGGCCGACAAGCAGCCUCUGUGGGAGCGAAUAGUAGACGAGGUCCCCGGCUUGACUCCCCAUGAGCGGUCGGUUGCCAAGUACCUACUGGUACAGCGGUAUCCAAACAAGACAGUUAGAACGGCGGUUUUGCUAGAUCCCAAGGAAGCGAGGAUGCAAGUACUCCUUGCUCUUGGAAAGUGGAACGUUUUCGAUGAGCUCUGGGGCGCUCUGUCCGAAGCGCACAAUUUCUGCGCCGCUCUGUUCGGGACACGCGACCAGCCCAACGGGUCCACCAUGUCGGAAGGACCUUCCUACAACAUGGAACCAGUCGAGCGCCGGUCCGGCAACGACAAUGUCCACGUCCACCUUCGCCAGCGGAACACGUGGUCGGCAGCCAUGUAGACUUCCAAGCGCCCUGGCCAUGAGGUGCUGGCUUUCUUUGGUCCUUCGCUCAAUUACCAUUAAGCUAAUGUUGCCUUGUUGUGCUGACGUGAUAGGGCAGGGAGGGAUGGUAAGGGUAGGUCUGUGCGUUGGGGUUAGGGUACGGAUCCAUGGAAUAUCAUGCUCCACCUUGCUGCAACCUUAUGGAUUAAGGGUCUUGCAGCUGUACGGAUUGUCUUUAGUUGGCUUGUGUGCGUGGUUGUGCCUAAGUACACCCUGAUUGCCGGGAACGAAACAUCAUGACGGCUGGGAUCCUUCUAUGCAUGUUACGCAUAUGUGUGUGGUCAGCUGAGCAAUGGAUAACGGGACACGAAUGGCGGUGCCAUGACGGCGAAGGCAGAAAGAGACGUCCAGGUGCUGCACGGCGCCAUAUGUCAGUGCACAGCAGGUGUGCGGCCCUGGCGGGGGUCCUGCUAGUGGAGCCGGAGCAGCUGCUGCCGCUGGUGAAUGGCAGCCUCAGGCUGGACCACAGGGAGGCCAUCAAGUACGUGCGGCUGCGUCAGGAUUUCAACACGGCUCGAGUGCAGGGGCGCAGCUUGCAGCAGGUGUUCGGCGGGGGGGAUGCGGUGCCAGGAGGGCAACAGGCGGGCGAUGGAGGAGGAGGGGAGAAAAUUUUAGAUUAAUGCAUCAACGGAGUCCCAAUCCCGAAUCCCGACUCAUGCAGUGAGCGCAUUCGGAGACACUAUUCUAGAAACACGCAGGGGGAGGGGGCCGCCGGUGACCGGAUGAUGUUGGUGAUGUUAAUGACGAGGGGGGUAGCGGUGGUGUAGCGGGGACUUCCCCACCCACGUGGGCAUUGGUGCGGGGAGGGGGGGGCACGUGGUGGCCGUUUGUGGUGGUGGAAAUGGGUGUUCGGGUACUGAUGAGGAGAGGGGAUUGGUGGUGAAGGUGUAUGAGUUUGUGAAGGUUAAGGUGGGUGUGAAGGUGGCAGGAGAAGGUGGGUAAGAAAGGUAUCCGCGAUAUGAGAGAGAGAUCAUGCAAUGCGGGAAACGAUUGCUGGAAUGCAUUAUGCGGCAGCUCAAACUUGGGUCGCUUAUAGGAAGCGCAGCUGGCAGCACGUGCAAUGCGCUCUUACGUCCCA